AUGUUAAGAUUAGCUAUCAAACCUCGUUGUCAGUCGGCUACAAUAACAAACAGACUUAUCCAUUCACAAUGUAUUCAAAUCAGAAACAUCACAACGAAAAACUCUGUCCUUAGAGACAAUAUGUCCAUCAUAUCAGACACUAGGACUUCAACGAUCCAGCCGCCAGACGCAGUAUAUCAACAAUCUUUCCUAAGACCCACCUUCUUAAAGUCUAAUAGUAGACCACAGGAUAAUAUUAGUGCAGAGUUUAAACUAUUCACAGGAACACAGAAUAGUGUGUCGUUGACUAUGGCCGAUAAGAGAGACGUCAUGAGUCUGUGGUCUCUGUUGGAGGCUUGUUUACAAUCAAAUUAUACCGAAAGAUCUUUCUCUAUAUUGAAAUCCUUGUAUGAAAUUGAAUCUCAUAGAAAGACAUUUAUCGACGAUUAUAAUUAUUAUUUUAAUCAUAUAUCCAAGGAUUUUAAAACUGUCAAAGCAAUGAGUGAUAAAUUGCAAAAGGAUUUGACAAUAAAUUUCCCAGAUGUUCAACCAAAUGAUAAAACUGUAGCGAUUUUGCUUCAUCACACGCUGCAGUUAGCUAGGGAAAGUAAAACAAAUAGUAACAAUAUGAAUAAUUCAACAAAACAAAACUUGGAAUUAUUCUUUUCAAUGAGUUCUAGUGGAUUUAAAAAGAUUUGUUCAAAUAUGGAUAUCUUAACACUGGAUGAUUAUAAAAUUUUGCAUUUAGAUUUAGAUAUGAUUAGAGAUUAUCAUAUCCCAGCUAAUAUUAGAGAUCUAGUGACGAAGAUGAGUAAAUCGGUGGAAAAUGUUACUAUGGAGAAAACUGAUGAGACAAUCGAAGAAACACAUCUGAACAAUACAGUGGCAAACACAACUAAUCUUGUAAAUAAUACUAUUGCUACUACUACUACUAGUACUACUAGUGCGACUGCGACUGCGACUGCGACUGCUACCGGUUCAGAACCAUCGAUGAAAUUAGAUGAAGGUGUUAAAACUGUGGAAAAGGAUGCCACUAAAUUGGUGAAUGUUGAUACUCUUGGUAUGAAAGUCAUUAGACAUACAUUAUACGGUUUAUCAUUGAAUGAAGAACAAAAAGAAAAAAUUGCGCAUUUUAAUUUUGAAGAGUCUGAUAAUGUUUUCGAUGCAAAUAAAAAGAAAGCCAUUGAUUUCUUUGACAUGUAUAGGAACUUGAAGACAGAUGAAGAAAGAAAAUUAUUUGAAGCUACUUUAGAAGAUUUGAAUCAAAAUAGACAACAAACAUUAGAAGUUAGAGCUACCGAUGCAGCCAAAGAACGUUGGAAGCAUGAUUUUGAAGAGGCCAAAGCAAGAGGUGACAUAUCCAUUCAGAAAUCAUUGAAUUCAAAACUUUGGAAAUGGUAUACAGAGAUGUUACCAAUAUUGAAAGAAGAAAUCGAUAAUUGUAAGAGAUAUUUAAAUCAGGAUACCGUUACAAAAGCUGCACCAAAUAGGUCAGAUUAUGCUCCAUAUUUAACUUUGGUUGAUCCCGAAAAGAUGUGUGUCAUUGUCAUUCUUGAAUUAUUAAAACUUAAUUCCACUGGUGGUAUCUCAGAAGGUAUGAGAACAGCAAGAGCUGUUAUAUCUGCAGGGAAAUCUAUCGAAAUGGAAUUUAGAUCUGAACAACUCCUAAAGAAUGAGUCAUACCUAUUGAAAGAUAUAAACAAGAAAUCUAAUGAAUUUAAGCAAUAUGUUCGUAACGCCAAAAAGUCAUUAAGAUCAUUGAAAUUAGAUGAAUCCAAGAUUAUAUGGCCGCAACAAAUUCGUGCAAAAGUUGGUUCAGUGUUAAUUUCAAUGCUAAUUCAAGUGGCAAGAGUACCAGUUGAAGGCAGAGACCCUAUCAGUGGCGAAAAAGUCUUUGGAGACGCACCUGCAUUCUCACAUAGUUACCAAUAUCAUAAUGGUGUAAAAUUAGGUGUUAUUAGAAUCCAUCCUGCAUUAAUUCAUCAAUUAAAUGGUGAACGAUUGAUGGCAUCGGUACAACCUCAAUUAUUACCAAUGCUUGUCAAACCUCGUCCUUGGGUUAAUUGGAAGUCUGGUGGUUAUUAUUAUUCUCAAUCUAACCUGGUCAGAACCAAGGAUUCUCCGGAACAAAUGGCAUAUAUUGAAGCAGCUUCAAAAGCUAAUACUAUAGAUAAAAUUUAUGAUGGUUUGAACGUUCUAGGUGAGACAUCAUGGACUGUUAACAAAAGAAUAUUUGAUGUUGUCUCAAAAAUCUGGAAUAAUGGGAAGCCAUUUUUAGAAAUUCCAGGUAUUCAAACAACCCCAGAAUACCUACCUCAACCUGCAUCUGAUGCUGAUCCGUCUGUAGUUAAUACAUGGAAACAAAAUAACAGAGACAUAGCAAAUGCUUUUGCGGCAAGUAGAUCAAUGAGAUGUGACAUGAAUUAUAAACUAGAGAUUGCUAGAGCAUUUUUAGGUGAAAAAUUUUAUUUCCCACAUAAUAUGGACUUCCGUGGGCGUGCAUAUCCUUUGUCACCACAUUUUAAUCACUUGGGUAAUGACAUGAGUAGAAGUUUGUUGAUUUUCUGGAAAGGUAAGAGAUUGGGAACUGAAGGUUUACGUUGGUUAAAGGUUCACCUUGCAAAUCUAUACGGUAUUAAUAAAAUUCCGAUUGAAGGUCGUGUCCAGUUUGUUGAAGAUCAUAUGGAUGAAAUUAGAGAUGCUGUUGAAAAUCCUUUGGAUGGUAAAUUUAAAUGGUGGCAGUCUGCUGACAAACCAUGGCAAACAUUGGCUACCUGUAUUGAAUUAGUUGAGGCUAUGAAGCUUGACAAUCCAGAGGAAUUUAUCUCUCAUCAACCUGUUCAUCAAGAUGGUACUUGUAACGGUCUACAACAUUACGCUGCUCUUGGUGGUGAUAUGGUUGGUGCCUCUCAGGUCAAUUUAAUUCCAGAUACCAAACCUAAUGAUGUUUAUAUGCAUGUCGCUAAUAUUGUUAAAGCAAAUUUACAAAAAAAAGUUGAAACUAACCCUGAUGAUGAGUUCGCAAAGUUCUUCAUUGAGAAAUUAAAUCGAAAAAUCGUCAAACAAACAGUUAUGACACAUGUUUAUGGUGUUACUCUAAUUGGUGCAACUUUACAGAUUGACAAACAGAUCCACGAUAUGAUAGGUGAUAGAACAUUAUCCUUAAAAUAUUCCAAGUAUUUAGCUACAGCUGUAUUUGAAGCUAUUCGUCAAUCAUUCCAAGGUGCUCAUUUAAUUCAAGAUUGGUUAGGAGAAUGUUGUAAUAGAAUUUCUAAAUCAAUAAGAUUAGAUUUAGAUAAGAAAUCCAUUGGGAAAGGCCAGAAACCAGAGUUCAUGACUUCUAUUAUCUGGACAACCCCAUUAAAUUUACCGAUUGUGCAACCAUAUCGUGAAGUCAGCAAGAAACAAGUGAACACGAACCUCCAAACUGUUUUUAUCAGUGAUCCAUUUGCUGUUAAUAAAAUCAAUGCACGUAGACAGAAGGCUGGUUUCCCACCUAACUUUAUUCAUUCUUUGGAUGCUUCUCAUAUGUUAAUGUCUGCCACCAAAUGUAGAGAGGAUGGGCUAGAAUUUGCAUCAGUACAUGAUUCAUAUUGGACCCAUGCUUCUGAUAUUAUUACAAUGAAUAAGAAUUUAAGAGAACAAUUUGUUGCAUUACAUGAAGUUGAUUUAAUUGAAAGGUUAAAGGAUGAGUUUGAUGAAAGAUAUAGAAAUUAUGUGCAAAUAUCUAAAAUUCCAAAAUCCAGUGAUAUGGCGGCUGAAAUCAUGGCACAAAAAGAUAAAAUGGCUGCUAAAUUAGGAAGAGCAGUCACAUAUGCAGAUGAACUAAAAUUUGAACAAGAACGUCUAGCACUUUUGAACUCAGAGUCGGAGGAUGAUGUAAAGAUAGGUGAAAAGAUGGUUACUACAAUUUCUUUGGCGAAAGGUAGUGAAGAUCUAUUUUCAGCUAAAGAGAGGAAGGGUGAUAAAAACAUGUUGGUUAUCUUAACAACUUUGGAGUUACCUGAAAUUCCAGCAAAGGGUGAUUUUGAUGUUGCCAAUGUUAAGGAUAGUACAUACUUCUUUUCAUGA